AUGCUUUCACGAGGGGGCGGGGUGCGGCGGCCGUCCGGAAACGCGGAACUCCAGCUUCCGUCCUUGCGCAGAACUCUCCUCACGGCGCCUUCGCUCUACGGAUUGGCGCGAGAGUCAAAAGGCAUCGGCUGCCUCUGGCUAAGAUGGCCGCCGUGGAGGCGUCGUUCCCGAGGGCAUGGGGCGGGGAGUGGGUACAGGCGCCGGUGCUCCGCGCAGCCCCGAGGAGGGGACCCUUCCGACCCGGUGCCUGCCUUCGCGCAGGCCCGGGAGGAGCCGCCCGAGCGCGGACGGCGGGAGCUCUCAGUUCCGACGGUUGGGGUGGGCUCCGGGGCACGCGACCGCGGCGGGAAGCGCACACUAUUUCACUCCAGAACAAGUCUACUGGGCCAGACCUGCCCUCGGGGAACCUCCCAGGGGGCCCGGCGGUCUUUCCCGCCCGUGGUUCAGAAUCCGCGCUCAGGUUGGGCGGGGACCGCAGGCCUGUGCAACUGGGGCUUCGAGGUGCUGCGGCCGCUGCUCGAGGAGCGGGGCGGGGGGUCUUCCUGCCCUGCGGCCGGGGUCGCGGAGGCGCAGGAAGACAUUCACGCGUUUAUUCGGUUAUUAUUGUGCGUCCACGGGAGAAAAGGACAGAUUACGUCAGAGCAGGGUCUCAUUUUCCAGGGAGCGGGCUCGAGUUCCAGAGAAUCUGGGAACGCAGUCCGGCGGGAAAGGAGCGCGGCGCCUUGCUCCUUCGUCCGAGUCCCUGCCUUUUCUGCCACAAGCUGGGCCCAGGGUGGCCGACGGGAGUCGCGCCGCCUACGCUGCCAGCCUUGGCCCUUGGACUCGGCCACCGUGCGGCGCAGGGCAGGGGCGGGGCCUGGGCCGGCUUUCUCCUUCCGCCCGCCGCGCCGGGGCGCUGCUCGGGGAAUGACUGGCCCCUCUACCCCCUGGCGUCUCGGUGGCCGGCUUCUUCCCUCCACUGGGAGCGCGGGCAGCCCCUCUACCUCACGCGUCUCGGUGGCUGGCGCCAACCCCGCCCGCCCACUCUGCGGCGCUCUGAGGAAAUGGCUGCGAAACCCUGGAGACUUACGGCCCACGGUGAGUGGCGGCCGGGGCGCCGGGUGUAGGGGCUACCGCCCGCGGGACCGCGUUGGACGGGCGGGGAUGGCGGACCCUGAGGCCAGCCAGCCUGGCCCCGCAGGGCCCGCGCCCUGUCGCGCUCUGCCAAGCGGAGAAGAUGGCGGCGGCCGCGGGGAGGGGGAAGGGAGGGCCGCGCGGGCCGUGGGCUGGAGGGGGCGGAGGGCGCCGGCCUGCUGGGCAGGGUCCACUCCGAGGGGCCGGGCCCGGUCCACUCGCUGCGGGCGUGUCCCAGGGGCCGGAUCGUGGUCGGAACAGAUUGAAGUGCGCCAGCAGGACGCCGCCCGGUGA